AUGAACCGGUUAACCGCUUUAUUUAGCGGUGGCCGCGGUAUUAAUCAAAACCGGCGGUUUACCGCGGAUGAAGUGGAAAUCCAAGAACGUCAAGGUGAUUUUAUUAAUGAAAUUCGGAAAUUAGCUGCUAGUGGAACAACUAUUACUCCCACAAUGGUUGAAAAAUUAUUAGAAGAAUUUAAAAUUCCUCCAGCAGACAAUUAG